AUGCAUCUCCCUGCUAUUCUGCUUUGUGCUUUCUGGUCUGCAGUGUUGGCUGAGACCUCUGACGAUUAUGAGCUCAUGUACGUGAAUCUGGACAACGAAAUAGACAACGGACUUCAUCCCACCGAGGACCCCACGCCAUGCGAUUGCCGCCAAGAGCACUCGGAGUGGGACAAGCUGUUCAUCAUGCUGGAGAACUCGCAGAUGCGGGAGGGCAUGCUGCUGCAGGCUACCGACGACGUCCUCCGAGGCGAGCUGCAGCGGCUGCGGGCGGAUCUGGGCCGGCUGGCAGGCGGCAUGGCGAGGCCAUGUGCUGCCGGGGGCCCUGCGGACGCCAGGCUGGCGCGGGCCCUGGAGCCGCUGCUGCAGGAGAGCCGCGAUGCGAGCCGCAGGCUGGCACGCCUGGAGGAUGCGGAGGCGCGGCGGCCCCAAGCGGCAGUGCCUGGCCUGGGCGCAGUGCUGGAGGAACUGCAGCGGACGCGUGCCGACCUGAGCGCGGUGCAGAGCUGGGUCGCCCGCCGCUGGCUGCCAGCAGGUUGUGAAACAGCAAUUUUAUUCCCAAUGCGGUCCAAGAAGAUUUUUGGAAGCGUGCAUCCUGUGAGACCAAUGAAGCUUGAAUCUUUUAGCGCUUGCAUUUGGGUUAAAGCCACGGAUGUAUUAAACAAAACCAUCCUGUUUUCUUAUGGCACAAAGUGGAACCCCUACGAGAUCCAGCUGUACCUCAGCUCCCAGUCCCUAGUGUUUGUGGUGGGUGGAAAAGAGAAUAAGCUGGCUGCAGACGCUGUGGUUUCCCUGGGGACGUGGACCCACCUCUGUGGCACCUGGAGUUCAGAGCAGGGGAGCAUGUCCUUAUGGGUAAACGGGGAGCUCGUGGCCACCACUGAGGAGAUGGCCACGAGUCACCCUGUCCCCGAGGGUGGAAUCCUACAGAUUGGCCAGGAAAAGAAUGGCUGCUGUGUAGGUGGGGGCUUUGAUGAAACAUUAGCAUUUUCUGGAAGAAUCACAGGCUUCAAUAUCUGGGAUCGCGUUCUCAGUGAGGAGGAGAUACGGGAGAGUGGAGGAGCCGAGUCUUGCCACAUCAGGGGAAACGUCGUCGGGUGGGGGGUUACCGAAAUCCAGCCACACGGAGGAGCUCAGUAUGUUUCCUAA